AUGUGUGGCUCACCAAUUUCAGGACCUCUUCUCAUUCUCUUCUUUCCUUUAGGAGUGGGAAUGUUAGCUGUUUCUCGGGUCAUCAAUUUGGUUCAUUCCAUUGAUGUUAGCAUCAGAAAGAAUAAUGAAAAGAUUGAGAGUGGAGUGAGUCAUAUUUCAAAGGACUUGAAGGAGAAGAUUUUAUUCCGAAAACAAUUAAUUGCUGAGAGUAAAUUGGAAGGAAAGAUCAAGGCCGACACUACACAAGAUCCACAAGUUGCCAGAUUGCAUGUGCAGAGAGCUGUGGUGAGAUUGGCUGCUAUGAAAUAUGAGGGAGCUUUGGAGGAUAUCAAACUUGCAUUGCAUUUGGAUGAGAGUUUGGAUGCGACCUAUGUGUGGAAUUUUGUUUAUGGUGUGGCAUUGUAUCAUUGUGGGGAUUAUUUAGAAUCUGCUCAUGCUUUCAAGAGAGGUAUUGAAUUGAAGGAGGCAAUGACUGGAAGUGGUAAUUGUGAUAAGAAAUCAGUAGAAUUGGAAAAGAACAUUCUUGAUAUUAAUUUUGAAAUGAAACACUCCCAUGAAAAAGUGAAGGAACAAUUUACCGAAUUUUCAGAGAAUACCAAAACUUAUUUCAAUAAUUUCAAGUCCUGCUAA